GGUGCGGCGCAGCUCCGGCUCCCCUUUCCCAGUUGCUGGGCGAGCGGUGUCUAUGGGGCACCUGCUGCCGCCGCCGAUACCGCCACCGCCACCGCCGCCGGGUGCUGCCUCUAUGGCGAGGAGGAGGAGGAGGAGCGCGAGCUCAGAGACCCAAGUACACAAAUAAAGGACAAAGUAUUUUAUGAAACAGAUCUUCAAUCAAAUAUAACAUUUUGAUGCUUGGCAUCUAGACUCCCUUGUGCCCUCACUAUGCCAGCAGCAACUGUAGAUCAUAGCCAAAGAAUUUGUGAAGUUUGGGCUUGUAACCUGGAUGAAGAGAUGAAGAAAAUUCGUCAAGUUAUCCGAAAAUACAAUUACGUUGCUAUGGACACCGAGUUUCCAGGUGUGGUUGCGAGACCCAUUGGAGAAUUCAGGAGCAAUGCUGACUAUCAGUACCAACUAUUGCGAUGUAAUGUAGACUUGUUAAAGAUAAUUCAGCUAGGACUGACAUUUAUGAAUGAACAAGGAGAAUACCCUCCAGGAACUUCAACCUGGCAGUUUAAUUUUAAAUUUAAUUUGACGGAGGACAUGUAUGCCCAGGAUUCUAUAGAGCUACUGACAACGUCUGGUAUCCAAUUUAAAAAACAUGAGGAGGAAGGAAUUGAGACCCAGUAUUUUGCAGAACUUCUUAUGACUUCAGGGGUGGUCCUCUGUGAAGGGGUUAAAUGGUUAUCAUUUCACAGUGGUUAUGACUUUGGCUAUUUAAUCAAAAUCCUGACCAAUUCUAAUUUGCCCGAAGAAGAACUUGACUUCUUUGAGAUCCUUCGAUUGUUUUUUCCUGUCAUUUAUGAUGUAAAGUACCUCAUGAAGAGCUGCAAAAAUCUUAAAGGUGGAUUGCAGGAAGUUGCUGAACAGUUAGAGCUGGAACGGAUAGGACCACAACAUCAGGCAGGAUCUGAUUCAUUGCUUACAGGAAUGGCCUUUUUCAAAAUGAGAGAAAUGUUCUUUGAAGAUCAUAUUGAUGAUGCCAAAUAUUGUGGUCAUUUGUAUGGCCUUGGUUCUGGUUCAUUCUAUGUACAGAAUGGCACAGGGAAUGCAUAUGAAGAGGAAGCCAACAAGCAGUCAUGA